AUGGCGGCGCUGGCCUACACCGGGGGCAAGCGGGAGAUCAACUACUACUUCAGCGUGAGGAGCGCCAAGGCGCUGGCGCUGGGCGCCGUCCUGCUCCUCACCGCCUGCCACGCCGCCUCCCGCCGCUACCGAGGUGGUGAUACAUGUGAGUACCUUCUGUCCAGUGGGAGAUUUCUUGGAGAAAAAGUAUGGCAACCUCACAGUUGUAUGAUGCAUAAGUAUAAAAACAGUGAAGCAAAAAAAUGCCUCAUAGACAAACAUGUUGUGUUUAUAGGAGAUUCUAGAAUUCGACAGCUGUUCUAUUCAUUCAUAAAACUGGUAAAUCCUCAAGUCAAAGAAGAGGGAAUUAAGCAUGGAAAUAUCCCAUUUGAAGAUAAAUCUGCUUCAAUUAAAGUGGAUUUUCUGUGGUAUCCAGAAGUUAAUGGCUCUAUGAGGCAACGUAUCAAAUCUUGGACUGAGGGUUCUGUGGCAAAACCUCAUAUAAUUGUAGUAGGAGCUGCCACGUGGUCUAUCAAGAUUCACAAUGGCAGCAACGAAGCCCUUGCACAGUAUAAAAUUAAUAUCACUUCAAUUGCACCUCUUUUGGAAAAAUUAGCAAUAAGUAGUGAUGUUUACUGGGUCUUACAAGAUCCUGUUUAUGAAGAUAUGCUGAGUGAAAGUCGGAAAAUGAUCACUAAUGAGAAAAUAGAUGCUUAUAAUGAAGCAGCUGUUCGUAUUCUGAACAGCAGCUCCCGAAAUUCCAAAGCUAAAGUUAAAGUGUUCAGUGUAUCAAAAUUGAUAGCACAGGAAACUAUCAUGAAGUCUGCGGAUGGCCUGCAUCUCCCUGAAUCAAGCAGAGAUACAAAUGCAAUGAUUCUUAUGAAUGUCUACUGCAAUAAAAUAAUGAAGCCCAUUGAUGGCUCCUGCUGCCAGCCUCAGCCUCCACUCACUCUGAUACAGAAGAUAGCUUUCUGUUUUUUUAUUUUGUCCAUUAUUGGAUAUUUAAUUAUCAGCUUAAUUCAUCGGAAUAGUUAUCGGAAGAACAAGUCAUGCACUGAUUUGGAAAGUGGAGAGGAGAAGAAACCUGCCAUCAACACAUCUAACGUUUCUACUUUAGAGAUGCUCUUACACUGCUUUUGCAAACUUGGUCUAAUCAUGACCUAUUUUUAUCUAUGUGACAGAGCAAAUCUUUUCAUGAAGGAAAAUAAAUUUUACACACAUUCAUCUUUCUUCAUACCAAUCGUCUAUAUCUUGGUUUUGGGGGUAUUUUAUACUGAAAAUACCAAAGAGACUAAAGUGUUAAAUAGAGAACAGACUGAUGAAUGGAAGGGCUGGAUGCAACUUGUUAUUUUGAUUUAUCAUAUCUCUGGAGCAAGCACUUUUUUGCCUGUGUACAUGCACAUUCGAGUUCUGGUUGCUGCGUAUCUGUUUCAAACAGGUUAUGGGCACUUCUCAUAUUUUUGGAUAAAAGGGGACUUUGGUGUAUACAGAGUGUGUCAGGUUUUAUUUCGUCUCAAUUUCUUGGUUGUGGUACUGUGCAUAGUGAUGGAUCGACCUUACCAGUUCUACUAUUUUGUGCCAUUAGUAACUGUCUGGUUUAUGAUCAUUUAUGCCACCUUAGCUGUAUGGCCUCAGAUUGUCCAGAAGAAAGCAAAUGGGAACUGUCUAUGGCACUUUGGCUUACUGCUGAAACUGAUUUGCUUACUGACAUGUAUAUAUUUUCUGUCAUAUUCUCAGGGUGCAUUUGAGAAGAUAUUUUCAUUUUGGCCAUUGUCCAAGUGUUUUGAACUGAAUGGGAAUGUCUAUGAAUGGUGGUUUAGGUGGAAGCUGGAUCGCUAUGUGGUUUUUCAUGGGAUGCUGUUUGCUUUUAUUUAUCUGGCAUUGCAGAAACAUCAGAUGAUAUCAGAAGGAAAAGGAGAUCCUCUUUUCUCCAACAGAGUUUCAAAUGUUUUAUUAUUUAUUUCAAUUGUGUCCUUUUUGACCUACUCUAUUUGGGCUAGUAGCUGUAAAAACAAGACAGAAUGCAAUGAGCUACAUCCCUCUGUUUCUGUGGUGCAGAUUUUGGCUUUCAUCCUCAUCAGGAACAUUCCUGGAUAUGUCCGAUCUGUGUAUAGCUCAUUCUUCGCCUGGUUUGGCAGAAUUUCUUUAGAGCUUUUCAUUUGCCAAUACCAUAUUUGGCUGGCAGCAGACACUAAGGGGAUCUUGGUGCUCAUUCCUGGAUAUCCAAUGUUUAAUGUUCUUGUCAGCACUUUCAUAUUUGUGUGCGUGGCACAUGAGAUUUCUCAGAUCACUAAUGAUCUAGCACAGAUUGUGGUUCCUAAAGAUAACUCAACGCUGCUGAAGAGGUUGCUAUGCAUAGCUGGAUUUUUUUCUGGACUACACUUCUUCUCAGCAAUGCAAGAUCAGUCAAAGCAUUAACUUAGAAACUUUCUUCGGGUUUACUUUGUGUCUGCCUGAACAAAAAUUCUCAACUGGAGGUACAAGAAGACAUUUAAAUUAAGCGUGUGGAAAAUGUAUAUAGUGGAAAUGUACAUAUUUUGUGUGGAAAUAGCCUUCUCAAACAAUCUGAGAAACAAAAGUGCGCUGUACAGAAUUGCAUGUGCAAAUGAGUCUUUUCUACUGGAUGUUUGUUUCUGUUUACAUAUCUGUUGGAACGAGACACGAGGCAGUGCAGUGGUUGAGCAGUACCACGGGCACAU